AUGUCUGAUCCAGAUACCGUAAUUGAAAAACAAGCUGUAGAUAAUCAACAAGAUGCUAGAGGCGCAGCGGCACAACCAACGAAGACAGAACCUCCACGAUCAACAAUUCCGAAAGCUGUAAUCAGCGAGACUGAAGACGAAGCCAAUAUCCCGAGUACUCAACGAAUUCAGCACAUCAAGACGAGAUACUCGGAGGUGAUAGGGCUACCCGCUGCAGGUCUCACUGUGCAUCAAGAGAUUCUACUGAGGCAGCUAAAGUUCAGAGUGGAGAGCAUCACCCACAUUUAUAAGGAGCUCACCACCACGAUCAUGAAUGACGAGGACGUCACCGUGGAAGAGCUGGAUGGACAGAAAGAAAGGCUUGAGACCUAUUGGACAGCUGCCACAAAGGAGCAAAGUAUAAAGCUCGUCAGUAAGCUGAAAGGUCGGCUGUCGAAGAAAACUCAACCAGCAAGCAAUUCACCAGGCCAAGAACACCCAGACAAGCUCAAACGUCUGGAUUUGAAGGCUUUCGACGGCACCCCAUCCCAGUGGAAGGAAUUCAGAGAUCUCUUCACCUCGCUAGUCGGUAGCAAAUCAACAAUCGCACCAGUGGAGAAGUUGAUUAGGCUCAAAAGCAGCCUCAGAGGAUCUCCAGCUACUCUCAUAUCGACAUUGGACAUCAACGACCAGAAUUAUGAAAAGGCUUGGGAGAAGCUCAAGGCGAAAUACGAUGAUCCAAGAUUGGUGGCUCAGUACCUGUUCAAUCGAAUACUGAAGCUACCAAAAAUCACCAAGGGAACUCAGGAGAAACUCAACCACAACACAGCAGCAGCAGUCGAGUCGCUAGACCAACUACGAGAGGUAGUCGGUCUCUCAGAUGCGAACUUGAUUGAACAGAUGAUCGCCCACCUGCUGAGGAGAUCAUUAGAUGCAGAAACCCUCAAGCAGUGGGAAUUGAAACUGGGAGACUCCAGAGACUUUCCCAGUCUGAAGGAAUUCGUCGGAUUCGUCGAAGCCUGCGGCAGAGGAAUCAACGCAGGAUCAGAGCUUCAUGCAACACAGGAAACCAACAUCGCCGACAGGAAAUCACUGAAGAAGAAGAAGAGCUCUUACGCAGCAGCUACUCAACAAGACAGCAACGCUGAGAGGCUUCUUCCGAGAAACUGUUGUGCCAUGUGUAAGGAAAAACACUUCAUCGCUGAGUGCCAGAAAUUCAGGGAGUUGCCCCCAGUAAAGAGGACCAGCGUGGUCAUAAGCAAUGGCCUCUGCUUCAGCUGUCUGGGACCUCACCGAAAGACGAAGUGUUUCUCAACGAAAAGAUGUCAACAAUGUCAGGGCAACCACCACACUUUAAUUCAUGGAGGAAGCGAGUACACCAACGCUCCACCACGAACUCGACGUGACUUGGAAUCAACAGAUGUCCCUGCAUCAGCAAAAGUCGAUCCAGGGCAGAGUACAGACAAGAUCACGACUCGACCCAGUACAUCAACGGCAACAGUCAACCUCAACAACCAGCGGACCAGUGAGAAUGCAGAAACAACUCAACAAGAAGCAGAUCAACAAUCAGUGCUGUUAGCAACAGCGCAAGUCAAAGUAAAAUCCCCAAAAGGAUUCAUCAGCAGAGCCAGAGUACUAAUUGAUCAAGGAUCAGAGGUGUCAUUUAUCUCUGAGAAAUUAGUACAUCAACUGCACCUCACAAGAACAACAGAAACGUUGGAAUUAAUAGCAAUUGGCGGAGUCACUUCAGGCCACACAAGAAGAAGGGUGUCAGUGACGCUACAAGCAAUCAACGGGCCCCAGCAAGUAAAACUCAACGCCCACGUCUUGAAGAAACUCACAGCAAUCCUGCCAUCAUUCUCCUGUGAAUCAGUCGACAUCGGCUCACUAGAAAAUCUUCAACUAGCUGAUCAACAGUAUCUCCAGCCUGGACCAAUAGAUAUAAUAAUAGGGGCUGACAACUACGGGCAGAUAAUUAAAGAUGAAGUUGUCAAGUCUAAACAGUCAAGAUUAGUUGGCCAACGAACAGCAUUUGGUUGGAUAUUAACAGGUCCAAUCAACUGCUCCAGUCGCUCAAGGAGGGUCUCCCUAUCAGCUGUACGGGAAUCUUCACAUGAACGACUACUAGAGCUUCUACAAAGGUUUUGGGUCCAGGAAGAAUUAUCAGUCCAACGUUCAGACAACUCAGAGCUAUCACAAGACGAGCUGGAGUGUGAAAAACACUUCAGAUCAACACACAGCAGAGAUUCAACAGGGCGUUACAUUGUGAGGCUCCCAUUGAAAACGUCAGCAGAAGCGCUCGGGGAGUCAAAGUUCAAGGCUUCACGACAGCUCAAAUCAACAGUCAGCAAACUCAACAACAAUCAGGAAUAUGCCCAGCUCUACAAGGAGUUUAUCAACGAGUACGAGGCUUUGGGACAUAUGCAGAGAGCACCCGAUUCUCCAGAACCUACCCCAGCCUGUUAUCUGCCACACCACGGGGUUCUGAGAGAAAAGGCCAUCACCACAAUGCUGAGAGUCGUUUUCAACGGCUCCAGUCCCAGCUCAUCAGGUAUGUCACUCAAUGAUAUAUUAUAUCCUGGUAGAAAAUUGCAGAUCAACGCCAUGGACGUCUUGACAUGGAUGAGAAAGGACAGACUCGUAUUUGGCACCGACAUCGUCAAGAUGUUUAGACAGAUACGAGUUCACAGGGACGAUUGGGACCUCCAGAGAAUUUUGUGGAUUGAUGAUAAUCAGCAACAAAUCUCCUAUCAGCUAACCACAGUCACCUACGGUCUCAACUGUUCUCCAUGGCUAUCUCUGAGACACAGACUCGUGUUUGGCACCGACAUCGUCAAGAUGUUUAGACAGAUACGAGUUCACAGGGACGAUUGGGACCUCCAGAGAAUUUUGUGGAUGGAUGAUAAUCAGCCACAAAUCUCCUAUCAGCUAACCACAGUCACCUACGGUCUCAACUGUUCUCCAUGGCUAUCUCUGAGAGUUCUUCAACAAUUAGCGGAGGAUGAGGGUCACCGCUUCCCAGCAGCCGUCGAGACAAUCACCAGAGGUCGGUACGUUGACGACAUCUACGGCGGAGCUGAGUCAGCAGCAGAACUCAAGGAGAUAGUCUGGCAACUACAAGGACUCUGUCAGGCUGGAGGCUUCGCUCUUCAGAAAUGGAGCAGCAAUUGCCCACGGCUAUUGCACGAGCUCGGAUUAUCAACAGAGGAAGCCGUAAUCCAGUUUGAAGAAUCAGUCACCAAAGUUCUUGGAAUGUGUUGGCAUCAGUCGUCCGACACAUUCAGGUAUAAAUCCAGAGACUUCAACACACAGACGAUCACCAAAAGGGUUGUAUCUUCAGAGAUAGCUCAGAUCUUCGAUCCUUUGGGCUUCAUCGCUCCAGUCGUCGUAAAAGGGAAAAUCCUCCUACAGGAUCUCUGGAAACUCAAAUAUGCUUCAACCGUAGCUAUGAGUGCAGUGGUGUACAUACGCACCAGGAACAUCAACGAGCCAGCUUCAACAGUGAUGGUCUGCGCGAAGACAAAGGUAGCACCGAUCAAGCGCAUGACUAUUCCAAGAUUAGAGCUUACAGCAGCUCUCUUGUUAACACAACUAGUAGCCUCAACACAGAGGAUGCUUCAGCUCGACCAUGCAGAAACUCAUCUUUGGUCGGAUUCAGCAGUAACACUCGCUUGGAUCAGAAGCCACACAUCAAGGUGGAAAGAUUUCGUCCACAACAGAGUGGUCAAGAUCCAGGAAACUCCCGAAUGCCAUCUGGAGACACGACCUGAGUGGAUUAAUCAGGAUCCUGAAGAGUGGCCACAAUCAACAAUUGAUGCUCCAGCAAUGGACAUCCCAAAAGUGGCCAAGGAAGCGAAACCAGCACGAGCACGUUCAGUUGCACCAAAAGUCAACGAACUUGCUGAGCUACUCACCAGGUACAGCUCGAUGGCUCGGCUUCUAGCAGUAACAGCGACUAUCAACAGGGCAAUCGACAGAUUCAGGAGACUGCCGACGCCCCCGGGACCAAUCCUGUCAACAAGAGAACUCAACGAAGCGAGAUUAUUCUGGGUAAAAAUAACACAAAAUCAGUACUUUGUUUCAGCCCUUCGUGUGCUUCAGAGAAAUCAACAGCUACCACGAGGUCACCAAUUAGCAAAGCUCACACCAACCCUAGACGAGUUGAACAUCAUGAGACUUGGGGGACGCCUGAAGAACUCAGACCUACACCCUGAAGAGACACACCCAAUAAUCUUGCCACGGCAGUCGAGAUUCACCACACUGAUGAUCGAAGAAGCUCAUCGCAGAACCCUCCACGGAGGGACUCAACUCACGCUGGCCUACACCAGACAAAGGUACUGGAUACUUGGUGGCAGGGGUACAGUCAGAGCGUACAUUCUGCGCUGUGCUAUCUGCACCAGACACCGAGGGAAGCAGGCUUAA